GCAAGACUGCUGAGCCUACCACAGGAGCAAGAGAGAAGCCAUGCAUUCCAUCUCAAGGCAUCUGUGAGCCCAUGUAGACACCAUGAGCAAAGCUCACCCUCCCGAGUUGAAAAAAUUUAUAGACAAGAAGUUAUCAUUGAAAUUAAAUGGUGGCAGACAUGUCCAAGGAAUAUUGUGGGGAUUUGAUCCCUUAAUGAAUCUUGUGAUAGAUAAGUGUGUGGAGAUGGCAACCAGCGGGCAACAGAAGAAUAUUGGAAUGGUGGUGAUACGAAGAAAUAGUAUCAUCAUGUUAGAAACCUUGGAACGAGAAUAAAUAAUGGCUGUUCAGCAGAGAAAUUCCACGUCCCCUCUCCAAAGAGCCUGUUUUACUAUGAUGUAAAAAUUAGGUCAUGUACAUUUUUAUAUUGGACUU